CUCCAGCUAACCUGAACAAUGCUGGAUCUUCAUUGCCCAGCGUCAAUGCCUCUCUCCUGUUGUGGCCCUGUUCCCACUCGACACAUUUUUCAUUUCCGGGUUUCCUCCCGAGUGGACUGGCCUCUUUUUGACACAUUUAAAGAGUUAAGACGCCCCCGGCUUGAGAUGUGUCCAUGAUCAUGGCCCUGCAGUGGUCGACCCAGCUCUUGCAGGCUGUCCCUGCCAUUGCAGCUCUGCAAUGGUCGCCGUGCACAUCCGGCCCAGCCCUCGACUGCACAACCCUCACCGUCCCCCUCGAAUAUGCCGACCCUGACAAUGGCCAUCUCGCGCAUAUCCCCCUCGCGCGGUUCAACGCCACAGUCCCAGCAUCCCAGCGCAAGGGCCAUCUCCUCACAAACCCCGGCGGCCCAGGCUCAUCCGGCAUCGACUUCCUCGUCAAUGGCGCCGGCGAGGCAAUCUCCAACAUCACAGGCGGAUUCUACGACAUCGCCUCCUGGGAUCCACGCGGCGUAGGCUCAGCAAGACCCUUACUACAAUGCUUCAACUCCACCGGCGAAGAGAUCGAAGCAGCCGACUCAGUCGCCGGCGCCGCAAACAUCGAAUACUCCCAGCUCACAAACCAGAGCUACAUGCCUGAAUUCUACUCCGGCAUCCAGGACUACGACGCGCAGGUCGCGCCUCUCGCAAACGCAUGCGCCCAGCAUAACUCCACAGCACUCUACACCUCCAGCGCCGCCUACGUCGCGCGAGACAUGGCCGCCAUCGCCGACGCCCUAGAGGGCAAGGACAACGCAACACUAAACUACUGGGGCUUCUCAUAUGGGACGAUCUUCGGCGCGGAAUUCAUCCAGACGUUCCCCGAGCGCGUGGGGCGCAUUGUCUUCGACGGCGUCUUUGACCCCGAGGCAAACGCAAAGACAUACGCAAGUCAACUGCCCAACGACGAGCUGUUCGUGCGCGAUGCAAUCGACGACCUGGUUGAAUUCUGCACCGACGCGGGGCCGGAUGGGUGCGCUCUGAGUAGACCUCAGGGAGCCCUAAAUAGUACAUUGGACAUCAGAAAGCGUCUUGCGACUCUGCAGGCCUCUCUAUAUGAAUCCCCCGUUCUAGUCCCGGACGGCUCGUUUUCGAUCGAUGUCAGCACCUUUUCUUUCUUCAUGUACUCAUUCAUUAAACUGCCGACUACCUGGCCGGCGGUUGCAUCUGCCGUUAGUGCACUGGAGACUGGCGAUGCAGGACCCCUCGCAGAUCUUCUCACAGACGGAAUGGGAUCUGGCUCUGUAACGAACUACUCUGCUCCAGAUACAGGGUCCCUAGCUGGGUGGCCUUUGCAGUGCAUCGACAACGCGCCGACAAACCACAUGACCGUGCCUGAACUGGCCAAGUUAGUCCUGAAUAUCUCCCUUGCAGAGAAAACGCCCUGGCUGAAUGCUGAUCUGGCGACACUGUCCUUCUGCCGGAAUUUCCCAAAUAAAAGGGCCAGAGUGUCGAAUCUCGGUGCUGGGAUGCUGAAAUCCGGCCGCACGGAUAGAAUACUCUCUGCCCGGGAUACACCGGUUUUGAUUGUGAAUGCGCUGCAUGAUCCCAGUACGCCUGUGACAUCUGCUCAGAGACUGAAUGGCUGGCUGGGUUCGUCUUCGCGGCUUGUUAUGAGGCGUGGGCCUGGGCAUACGAGCAUGAGUCUUGCAUCGCUGGGUCUGGUAAGCGCCAUUCGAGAUUAUCUUCUUGAUGGGGAACUGCCUGUUACGGAUGUGCAUGAUGUGAGUCAGUUGGUGUUUGAUAGAGAGAUUGAUCAGGAUACCAUGACUCCUGAUCCGGUGUUUAAUGGGACGUAUACCGAUGAGGAGACGAUGCUGCUGCAGUCUACUUAUGAGAUCUUUCUGGCGUUUUUGAGUUUGCCAUAGAUACGUAUCAUACAAGAAUAGAAUAGAAAAGACAGUCUUCGUACAUACAGAACGGCCCGUUCUCAACGGCUCUGCACAUACAAGCAAUAAGCCCCAAUAUCACAGAGAACCGCCGCACCACCACCAAGAAGUAACGCCGGCGUAAGUGGCAACGCUCCAUCGCAAUAACACCACCAACAAGCCAAAACGUCCAGUGCA